CUCGCCAGCCAUAAUCAAUAACACGCGUGAUGUAUAGCAGCCCACCACCUGCACCACGAGCCCACAGUGCAGAGUAGCCCACGGACAGCUACAUCAUUUACAUCUGAUUCCCUGAUCUGCUGAGCUGUGAUAGAGAGCGGCAUGUCGUCUGUGCGCUACUUGGACCGCAAACUUCUGCGGAAUAUCCUCCACCACACAGAGACGCACAACCGUCUGCAAGAAGAGGAGGAGAUGUGGCGAAGCCGCGCCAAGGAGGCGUUUGGCUGGAAACACGACCCCUUCAACCCGGGAGGCAGGAGAGGCCGCGGCAGAUGGAAUCGAAACAGAAGGGUAGACAGACUUCACCAAAUGAACCCAGACUCGCAAGGCGUAAGUGACCACAGAAACUGGGACGGCCAACGCAACAGGGAUAUCUAUCGAGCCGAACUAGGCAACCAGGAAAGGUGGGGUCAUACAGGUUUUAUGGAGCUGUACCCGGAAGAGUUCAUCAAGAAAGACUCGAUGGAUGAGAUGAGCAGUGAUGACGACAAGGAGACACGCAAGAAGAAGAAGAUCAAACACAAGAGGAAGCACGAUGCCCAACAUGACAUGGUUUUGAACAAGCGCAUAAAAGGUGGAGAGAAUUGGAGCUCGUCUGAAUCCAACACUUCCCCUGCUUCCUCUCAGGAGCGAGAAGCAGAAUCAUCAGCCAGAAGAGGGACACACCAUUCCCGACGACAAAGCCCUCCCCCGAGCAGACAGUUCCAGCACCGUGGGGAGCCCAGAAGGGUGCCCUCAUCAGGCAGUUCUAAAAUCGGGAACCAUCACCAAGCGACAGGUCGCACAAACCACACGAGGGCUCCCUCCGGUAGCCCCGAAAAGUCCAGUUCUGGGCACAGGGAGAGAAACAAGGUGGACAGGCGAGAGAAAAGGGCAACUGAGGAAGGAGAACGUGACAGGAGAAACAAGAAUGUCAGUGGCCACCGGCACAAAGACGGAACAGAUGCACAUAAUGAGAGUUCAAAUUCGUUAAAGAGAAAACACGGUGCUGAUCACCAGUGGCACAGGAAAAGAACAGAGGGUUACGAAACAGUAGCGGGGGAAAAGGAAGAACACCGCGCCAGUGGGAAAAGGCUGGACAAGAAGGAAAGGCCGCAGGUGGCAGAAGAGACGGGUGAAGAUUGGAAGUCGGACAGGAAAGACCGUGACGGCAGUCGCCAACAUCACCACCACAAGUCUUCAAGAAAGGACAAGAAACCACCUGACAGAGACAAGGACGACAGACACAAGAAGCGCAAAUGACGCCCCUUCCUCCGCUGAACGAACCACUUUUGGUUGUUCCUUCCAUGUUUGAAAGCCUGAUGUGGAUCGCUGUGAAACUGUGAAGUCAAACACGUGCCACUAUUUUUGACUACCUCCAGUGAAACAUCAGUUACACCGCUAAGACUCGUGGGCGUCGCCUGGAAUUUUUUCUGAGGGGGGGAGCUUUCAUGAGCACAAACUGAUAACCAUGAACCACAUCACGCUGUAGGCAUUUAUGAAUGUUGAUGAUGGUACGACGGGAUAUUUUUCAUUUUUUUCUGUUUUCAAAAUUCUUUAAAAAUUCAU